AUGCCUAACAACAAAAUAAACACUUUUGAUUCUUCGACUGAUGUUUCUCAUUCAAAAAAAAUUGCAAAGAUUGAAAUACAGUCAUCUUGUUUAAACGCUCACAAAAGAAAAAUUACGUAUAUACUACUUGCUAGUGUAACUAUUGUCAUAAUUAUACUAAGCGUUACAAUUCCACUAGUGCUUCGUGCAAAAAAAACAAAAGAUAUGUCGUCUUUGACAAAUGUAGAAACAUCAACAUCAACAAUUAUGGAAACAUCAACGACAGUAGCAUCCUCAACGACAGUAGCAUCCUCAACGACAGUAGCAUCCUCAACGACAGUAGCAUCCUCAACGACAAGAGUUUAUUCAUCGGCCUUGACAUUCUCAUCUCCACUGUAUGUUCGUGCUGGAAUUCCUCGGUCAAAUGCUGGGUUUCAUUAUGAAGCUAUUCCACUUCUGGUAGAAAUAACUACUCAUUAUACGAUAUUUUCAAACAGUACAAUGGAUAUGCACGGAUACAUUUAUCAAGAUACUUUCAAUUCACUGUUUCCAUAUGAGAAUCUACUGCUAGAAGAUGCAGAUACUGCUGGAAAUGGACAAUUUCAAUUUGCACGACUUCUUCAUCGUUACACAAAAUAUAUCAUCGUUGUAACAACAUACGAAGCAGUUACGACAGGAACAUUUUCACUGACUGUGCGUGGGCCACCAUCGAUUCUUCUCUCUUUAGCUGAAACUAAUCCACCAGAUAAAAUUCAGUGGUUAUUCGACGGAGAUUUAAACGAUGUAUAUAGUCGUUACAAUGGACAACUGAAAAUAAAUGGGAAUAAUACUACUACAUGGAUAUCACCAGGUUAUGCGGGCUACGGAAGUGCUGCUUGUUUUUCAUCUACUAAUUAUAUGAUUGUUAAGAAAUAUAUUGAUUUGAGUUCGACUAAAUUAACCGUUUCUGCAUGGAUAUGGAUUCCAAAGGAUUUUUGGCUGUUAUAUUCUUUUCCUUUAUUUUCGUAUUGUACAGGAGUUGAACUGGACCUGUGUUUACAUAUGAUCGUGGUUGGAGGACUACUCCGUGUUAGUUUCCGCGGUAAUGAUCUAUCUGGAAAAAUUCUUCUGGAUGUCAAUCAAUGGCAUCAUGUUACCUAUUCCUAUGAUCCUUUGACAUUACAACAACGUAUUUACGUGAACGGAAUUUCUGAUGGAAUUCAAACGGCUAUCGUUGCAUUUCCACAAAUUACAGAUGUUAUAACUGUUGGUACGUCAUCGGUAAUUCCUUUCACAGUUCCUAAAAAUGGUUUUAUUGAUAAAUUAACAUUUGAAUCACGUGUUAAAAGCUCCGAAGAAAUUCUUGAUGAAGCAACUCUUGUUGCUUAUUAUCCAUUUGAUAAUUCAUAUGAUGAUGUUGGACCAAAUCGAAUGAUUAACAGUACAUUUCUUUCAACAACAUUUGACUCAGAUGGUCGAUUUGAUCAAUGUUUAUUAAUUAAUUCAACAAAUUUAUCUUACUUUCAAGCAACAGGUUUUCAUUAUCUAGCUCAAUCAGAUUAUCCAUUUUCAUUUUCAUUAUGGAUUUAUCCAUUUGUUAAUAGUGGGACUAUUCUCCAGGUCAGUUCCGGAACCAGAUCGUGUGUACCAACAAUUGGUUUCGAUUCGUCAGGUCGUCUAACAAUUCAAACAUCAGAUAACAUUGGUGUCUAUUCAAGUUCAUUUACUUCUGGAAUGAUCUCAUUAAACCAAUGGACUCAUAUAGUUAUGACUUAUUCCAAAACUAACGGUAUUCAACUAUUUGUUAAUGGACUAUUUUCAAGUGAAAAUAUUAAAUAUCGUACUUAUUCAGCAACAGGUUCAAGACAUACAAUCCUUGUAGGAACUAGUCUUUCACCAGACACUUGUUCUCAUGGGAAAACACGAAUUGUUCCAUCGCAAUUUCGAGGAAAGAUUGAUGAACUGAAAAUCUUUUCUCGUGAAUUAUCCUUCACUGAAAUCGCUCAACUAGCUCAAGUANGUACAUGGGUUCAGUUACGUGAUCGAUAUACAUUUCAGAUAUUUUACCAUUUCAACGCACAUUUUGAUAGUACGGGUAGAACUUCUCGACUAGAAAGUGCUCGUCUUAUUUUAAGUCAAACAAGGGCCAUAGUUGGAUCUUCAACACCAAUCAUACUGACAGGUGAUUUUAAUGCAUCUCCGCAGUCAGAUAGUUACCGUACUUUUAUUACAAAUGCAAUUCUUGAGGAUAGUAAAAAUAUUUCGGAGAGGUCACACUGUGGCCCAGAUAGUACUUUUUCAACGUUUACUGUUGGCCGUCAAAUGGGUAAACAAAUCGAUCAUAUAUUUGUAACAUCAAAAGAUUUCAAAGUAUUGCAACAUGGAACUUUAACAGAUUCAAAUGGAGGCUAUUAUCCAUCGGAUCAUCUACCUGUUCUAGCUGAAAUCAUGUUCAAAAAGAUCAUUUCUGGCUGA